CUAUGUUCUCCUCUAGGAGUUUUAUAGUUUCUGAUAAGAGGAAUUUUAUUUGGAACACCUUCAGAGUAAAUAUCAGAUUGAAUACAAACACACGUGAGCAUAUUUAUUGCAUGUUCUCUCAAACUUGCUGUUCCUUUCUCUUGUGAGGUUCUUCUUGAUGUUGUUCACGUGGAUGGCUCCUUGUCAUCUCUCAAGUCUCAUUCUCUAUGUCACUUACCUGGAGAGGCUUGGCCAGACCAGCCAGUCUAAUUAGUCCCCUCCUGCUUUAUUUUCACAGAUCCUGUUGUUUUUCCUUCAUACAAUUUAUCACAAGUCUUCAUGUAUUUAUUGUGUUCAUUCACUUAAUUCUGUCAAUUCUACCAGACUGUAGGAUUCCCACGGGCAAGGACCUUAUUUGCUUCGCUCACUUUUGUAUUCCUGGCACCUUGCACGGGUGCCCUGACAUAAGUAGGUACUUCUUUUAAAAUUUCUAAAUGAAUGAGUAAAUAUUUCUUAGUUGUUUCACUUAUACUUGUUCCUUCUACUGCGUUUUCGUUUCUGCUACUGCACUGUAACCCCAAUGAGAUAGGAGAAAAUUAUAGUGCCCCUUCCCUCCAUCACUAAGUGCGGAGAUGGCGAUGCCUUUGUGGAGAAGCUACUUGCUGGCUUUUCCUGGGCGGCUGUCAUGUACACAAAGGUGAACAAUAAUUCUAUUCGUAAUAGCAUGAUUGAGACAGGAGAGCUGUCAGAAAUGCUUUACGAGUUACACUCAUUGGGCUCUUGGGCACUCGCAACUGCAAACUACUGACAUAACAAUUAAGUGAGAAUGUGCAGAAUGUUGAAAAGAGGGGUGUGUGUGAAAUGAAAUUCGGACGUACACAUUCUUCCCUGCCGCUAGGAAACUGAGCCUCUUGCAGCAAACCCUCUGUCCAGUUGGGGGCGGCAGCAUCCCACUCCCUGAAGAUGUGUAGGUGGCAGGAGCAAUUCGCGUUCAGAAUCUUUUGACUCUACCCGCUCACCGUAGCGCCUUAGCCCGCUCGAGUUUCAAUGCGCGUUGUGGCUUGCCGAAGCUGAGCCCUAUACACCGCCUGCUGCUUUCCGGAUCAUGGCUUCUCCGAGUUCCUUCACCUACUGUUGCCCUCCAUCUUCCUCCCCUGUCUGGUCAGAGCCGCUGUACAGUCUGAGGCCAGAGCACGCGCGGGAGCGGUUGCAGGACGACUCGGUGGAAACAGUCACGUCCAUAGAACAGGCAAAAGUAGAAGAAAAGAUCCAAGAGGUCUUCAGUUCUUACAAGUUCAACCACCUUGUACCAAGGCUUGUUUUGCAGAGAGAGAAGCACUUCCAUUAUCUGAAAAGAGGCCUCCGACAGCUGACAGAUGCCUACGAGUGUCUGGAUGCCAGCCGCCCAUGGCUCUGCUACUGGAUCCUGCAUAGCCUGGAACUCCUGGAUGAGCCCAUCCCCCAGAUGGUGGCCGCAGACGUGUGUCAGUUCCUGGAGCUGUGUCAGAGCCCAGAAGGCGGCUUUGGAGGGGGCCCUGGCCAGUACCCACACCUUGCACCCACGUAUGCAGCAGUCAACGCGCUGUGCAUCAUUGGCACCGAGGAGGCCUAUGACGUCAUUAACAGAGAGAAGCUUCUCCAGUAUUUGUACUCGCUGAAGCAACCCGAUGGCUCUUUUCUCAUGCACGAUGGAGGUGAGGUGGACGUGAGAAGUGCGUACUGUGCUGCCUCGGUAGCUUCGUUGACCAACAUCAUCACCCCAGACCUGUUUGAGGGCACUGCUGAAUGGAUCGCAAGGUGUCAGAAUUGGGAAGGUGGGAUUGGCGGGGUACCAGGAAUGGAAGCCCAUGGCGGCUACACGUUCUGUGGCCUGGCUGCGCUGGUCAUCCUCAAGAAGGAGCGCUCCUUGAACUUGAAGAGCUUACUACAAUGGGUGACAAGCCGGCAGAUGAGAUUUGAAGGUGGAUUUCAGGGCCGCUGCAACAAGCUGGUGGACGGCUGCUACUCCUUCUGGCAGGCGGGUCUCCUGCCCCUGCUUCACCGCGCGCUGCACGCCCAAGGUGACCCUGCCCUCAGCAUGAGCCGCUGGAUGUUUCACCAGCAGGCCCUGCAGGAGUACAUCCUGAUGUGCUGCCAAUGCCCCACCGGGGGGCUUCUGGAUAAACCCGGCAAGUCCCGGGACUUCUACCACACCUGCUACUGCCUGAGUGGCCUGUCCAUAGCCCAGCACUUCGGCAGCGGAGCCAUGUUGCACGAUGUGGUCUUGGGUGUACCUGAAAACGCCCUGCAGCCCACUCACCCUGUGUACAAUAUUGGACCAGACAAAGUGAUCCAGGCUACCAUGUACUUUCUGCAGAAGCCGGUUCCAGGCUUUGAGGAACAUGAGGAUGAGGCAUCAGCGGAGCCUGCCACCGACUAGGGGACACGGGGUCCUGCAGCUCUGUGUUCACCCAUCUCCCCAGUCAGACCAAGGUUUAUACAUGUCGAUACAUACUGCAUUUUGUGCUGCACAAGCCUUGGCCGCUGUGAAGCUUGGUUCUUUGUCCUUUUUUGUUAAACAGAACAAAACUGAUGGCUUUUGGUUCAGAGAACACAAUGGUGUGGUUUUUUAAAAAUUCUUUCCACUCCCGUCCUACCAAAAACCUACCAGCUGUGUAGCAUCUGGACCCGGCUCUGGCCCAGCCAGGGUUGGCUGGGGAGCAGUGCAUGCUGGAAUAGCAGCCCCGCCCCACCAGCUGGCCAGCGUGACUGUCCAUCGAAAUGAAUGACGUCUGAGUAUUGCAGCAUUCAGAGCUGUUGCUGCGGUUCUCACGUGUGCUACCACUGCGUCACCAGGAAGAUGGCCUCCUGUGGGUGGAAAGAAGUCUGCUCCAUGCCUAGGCAGGGGCUUUGAGUCUCACCAGAAUGAGUUCUCCAGGAAAAUAACGUGCUGGGGCUUCACUCAGAGGUGCCCAAGGUCCUCGCCUCCCAGCCUGAUUACUUGCAAGGGGAAGGAGCUAGGGUUGGGGAGAAGGGCUCGGGAGGUAUGAGUCCCUCCCUCUCCAGACUAGGCACUGACCACACAUCUCCAAGGCCAGCUUGCUGCAUGGGCAGGAUUUGCCUCGGUCCCAGUUGUGGUAGCUUAGACCCGGGAACCAAUUAUGAAUGGAAAACGAACUUCUUGUUCAACUCUGAGCCAGAGGAAGCAGCCCCAGAGCCACCCCAUCACGUGCCCUGAACAGCUCCUCUGAAGACUGCAAGGCAGCACCUUCAGCCCUCAGCCAGGCUGUUUCCGUCUUUCUUGCCCCGACUCCCUGCUCACCCUUCUGAAAGACAGUGUUAUCUUCUCUCACCCCGAGUAUUAACACUACUAAGUCUUUCACCUUCAUUUCUGACUCAGGAUUUAUUCACAUCCUGCCUACUCCAGGCUCAGAGAAAGAAAACCUAGUGCUAGAUAAGCUGGAUGCUGCCCAGAGUGUCCAGCCUGGCAGGGCCCCUGCUGCCCACACAGAACAACCCUUUCUCGGUUAGUGGGGGUGGUGUUGGCUCACCCGACUCCGAUGGUCACAGCAAGCUCCAUGUCGCUGGUCUGGCCUUCCUGUAAGCAGCCGUGGGCUGUGGGCAGAUGGGGACCCAGAGAUGCAGCGUAAGGCUCAUCUCAAAAACUCUGGCCAUCUGCUGCCUCUAAUUUCCUAGUGCUUUGGCGUAUUGAGCUAUGUAUUACCUCCUUGAAAUAAUAAAAAAAUAACCUUUUCUA